AUGGUUGUUUCUCAACAUCUAUCUACUGAUGGUCCUCUGUUCUUGAACUCUACACUUUACAGGUCGCUUGUGGGUGCUCUCCAAUACUUGACAAUUACAUGUCCUGAUAUUGCUCAUGCUGUCAAUUCAGUCAGUCAAUUUCUACACUCUUCGACUGAAGCUCACUUCAAAGCUGUCAAACGCAUUCCUAGCUAUGUUAAGGGCACACUACACUUUGGACUUACUUUCCAUCCAUCUGCUAUUCCUGGUACUUUAGUUGCCUACUCGGAUGUAGAUUCAGUAAGAUGCCCUAAUACUUAUCACUCUACGUCGGGCUAUUCCAUUUAUCUUGGUGACAAUUUGGUCUCUUGGAGUGCCAAGAAACAAUCACUAUCUCUCACUCCAAUUGUGAAUCUGAGGACUAUACAUGCCCUAGCUCUCACUGCCGUUGAAAUUCUCUAG